GUUGCUUUCACAGUAUUGAACGAUAACUGUAUAGUCAAAAUUUUAAAUUAUAAACAUUACAAAUAUUUUUAGUUUUAGUAUAAUUGUUUUGACGCAUGAUAGUGUGUAAACAGCUACGGGUUUUGUUAGUUAAUUCGCAAACUUUUAGAACUGUAUAUGUAGGUAAUGUCAUACACUGAGCUUGAACAUGGAUACCAAGGCUUGCGACAAGCUUCUCAGCCACAGUUUUACGUCGAAAAUGAUGGAAAUCUUGUUCCCAUAAGAUCACCUGGUGAAUUGGAGCUGUGCGAGUCGCCUGAGGCGCAGUGUGAUGGCGGCAAGAAGGUGGCGGUGGGCGUCUGCGCCAUGGCCAAGAAGUCGCAGUCGAAGCCCAUGAAGGAAAUACUAACACGUCUCGAUGAAUUUGAAUACAUCAAGAUGAUAGUUUUCCCUGAGGAGGUUAUCCUUAAGAAACCCGUUGAGGAAUGGCCGAUCUGUGAUUGCUUAAUCUCUUUUCACUCUAAAGGCUUCCCACUCGAUAAAGCCAUUCAAUAUGAAAAGUUAAGGAAGCCAUAUGUUAUAAACAACUUGCAUAUGCAAUAUGAUAUACAGGAUCGUAGAAAAGUAUACGCAAUAUUAGAAGGUGAAGGAAUAGAGAUACCAAGAUAUGCCGUCUUAGAUAGAGAUUCACCAGACCCAAAGCAUCACGAGUUAGUGGAAUCGGAGGAUCAUGUGGAAGUGAAUGGUGUUGUGUUCAAUAAACCCUUCGUGGAAAAACCUGUGUCGGCGGAAGACCACAAUAUUUACAUUUACUACCCGACUUCGGCAGGUGGCGGCAGUCAACGUCUGUUUAGGAAAAUUGGUAGUCGCAGUAGUAUUUAUUCACCAGAAUCUAGAGUAAGGAAAACUGGUUCGUUUAUAUAUGAAGACUUUAUGCCGACGGAUGGCACAGAUGUGAAAGUGUACACGGUGGGUCCGGAUUAUGCGCAUGCCGAGGCUAGGAAGAGUCCAGCCCUGGACGGCAAAGUGGAGCGAGAUUCUGAAGGAAAGGAGAUCAGAUACCCCGUUAUACUAUCUAAUCAAGAGAAGCUGAUAUCUCGUAAGGUCUGCUUGGCCUUCAAGCAAACUGUGUGCGGCUUCGAUUUAUUGAGGGCUAACGGCAAAUCGUUCGUAUGCGACGUGAACGGUUUCUCGUUCGUGAAGAACUCGAACAAGUACUACGACGACUGCGCCAAGAUCCUUGGCAAUAUGAUUCUGCGCGAGCUGGCGCCGACGCUGCACAUCCCUUGGUCGGUGCCCUUCCAGCUGGACGACCCGCCCAUCGUGCCCACCACCUUCGGCAAGAUGAUGGAGCUGCGCUGCGUCGUCGGCGUCAUCCGGCACGGCGACCGCACUCCAAAGCAGAAGAUGAAAGUCGAAGUUCGACAUCCAAGAUUCUUUGAAAUAUUUGAGAAAUACGAGGGUUUCAAGCGUGGGCACGUGAAGCUGAAGCGUCCUAAGCAGCUGCAGGAGAUCUUGGACAUCUCGCGCGCGCUGCUCGCUGACAUACACACGCGGCACGCUGACCCCGAGAUUGAGGAGAAGCAGGGCAAGUUAGAACAACUCAAGAGUGUACUUGAAAUGUACGGUCACUUCUCAGGCAUCAACCGCAAGGUGCAGAUGAAGUAUCAGCCGCGAGGUCGGCCGCGGGGCUCCAGCUCUGAUGACGCAGGCAGCGGGGGCGCGGGCGGAGGCGGGGGCGAGCCUUCUCUGGUGCUCAUCCUCAAGUGGGGCGGGGAGCUGACCCCUGCUGGCCGCAUACAGGCAGAGGAGCUCGGCCGCAUGUUCCGCUGCAUGUACCCCGGCGGACAGGGCAGACAUAUACCGGGUGAAGGAAGUACUCAAGGACUAGGCUUGCUUCGCCUACACUCAACGUUUCGACACGAUCUCAAGAUCUACGCGUCAGACGAGGGGCGCGUGCAGAUGACGGCCGCAGCCUUCGCCAAGGGUCUGCUGGCGCUGGAGGGCGAGCUGACGCCCAUCCUGGUGCAGAUGGUCAAGUCCGCCAACACUAAUGGACUGCUCGAUAAUGAUUGUGAUUCGUCUAAAGUACAAAACAUGGCCAAGGCUCGCCUGCACGAGGCGAUGCAGGUGGACCGCGAGUUCACGGAGGAGGACCGAGCGCGCAUCAACCCGUGCUCCUCGCUCAGCAUCAGCGCGGCCAUGCAGCUGGUCAGCAACCCGGUGCGCUGCUGCGCGCACGUGCACGCGCUCAUACAGCGCCUCGUGCACAUCGUGCUCGCCAAGCGCGACGACCCCAAGACUAAAGAUACAAUUUUAUACCACGGCGAGACUUGGGAGUUAAUGGGUCGUCGUUGGGGUAAGAUAGAGAAGGACUUCUGUACGAAGAACAAGAGCUACGACAUAUCGAAGAUCCCGGACAUCUACGACUGCAUCAAGUACGACUUGCAGCACAACCAGCACACGCUGCAGUUCGACCAGGCCGGCGAGCUAUACAUAUACGCCAAGUAUUUAGCAGACAUUGUAAUACCACAAGAGUACGGUCUCACAGUACAAGAAAAGCUGACAAUAAGUCAAGGUAUCUGUACGCCGCUUCUGAAGAAGAUAAGAGCGGACUUGCAAAGAAAUAUUGAAGAAUCCGGUGAAGAAACUGUUAACAGGUUAAAUCCGAGAUACAGCCACGGCGUGUCGAGCCCGGGCCGGCACGUGCGCACGCGCCUCUACUUCACCAGCGAGAGCCACGUGCACUCGCUGCUCACUGUACUGCGCUUCGGCGGACUGCUCGAUGUACUCAAAGAUGAGCAAUGGCGUAGAGCGAUGGAGUACGUAUCAAUGGUGUCGGAGCUGAACUAUAUGUCGCAGAUCGUCGUCAUGUUGUACGAAGAUCCAACUAAGGAUCCCUCAUCUGAAGAAAGGUUCCACGUGGAGCUGCACUUCAGUCCUGGCGUGAACUGCUGCGUGCAGAAGAAUCUGCCGCCCGGUCCUGGUUUCCGACCUCACAGCCGUAACCACUCCACCACCAACAACUCGAGUUCGUCUGAUGAAGUCAAAUGUAUAGAGGAAGAAGGAGAAGACGAUCAGAUGGCGAGUCAGGAAACAUUGCAACCGGACAAUUUGGAUUAUAUGGACAGUGCAUUCUCCCUCAAGAGUACCUUGAUGUCAAAACUGAGACCUUCGGAUCCUAUACCAAUAUGUAAUCAGCACUAUACAGUGAGCGGGCACGAGGCGGUGUCACUCGCAGCGCGACUGAACGAGGAGCUGCGCGCGCGCUGCCACGCCCUCGCGCCCGCUACUGGCGUGCUGCGGGAACACUCACAGAGUGAAGAGAAAGAGUGCAAGGAGUCUGAAGAGCCGCAACCGCGUGCCCGCAGCUACGACCAGCAUAAGCAGACCCAUGACAAUGUCGGAGACGACACGUUUUACUGCAAUUUGCGUGAGCAAGUGUUGGGUCGUCUCGGGUCGCGCGCGGUCGUUCACGACCUCGUGUGUCGACGCGCGCUCCCCUCCACCGACCGCUACCAGAGUCUCCAGUGCUUCGAUGACGACGAAGGGCGGCGCCAGCGGCACAGCAUCGCCGGCCAGAUGACCUACCUCAAGAUGCUGGGCGUGACCGUGCGCGACAAGGAGGCCGGGGCCGCGGGGCUCUUCAGCACGGCCGUCAUCUCGGGCUCCAGCUCGGCGCCCAAUCUGCGCGUCAUGAUACCCACCGCCGCCGCCGCCGCCAACUGUUACGGCGGCGUACCUGCGAUCCGACCGCUGGAGACGCUGCACAACGCGCUGUCGUUGCGCCAGUUGGACGCGUUCCUAGAGCGAGUUACCGCAGCGCCCGUGCUGGCGGGCACACCGCCGCACGCCACACCCGGCACCAGCGCCCUGCCUGACACGCCCGCAGACUGCACCACAGACACCACAAAGCGACACUCGCCCACCAACAGUGUUGGUUGGAGCGGGCCGUCAUCGUUGAUGUCGUCGUCGGGCGAGUUGCCGAGCGGAGUGUCCUCCGCGGGGCCCUCCUCUCCCACAUCCGCAAACACCGACCACGCUCGACUUCCAGACAGUAGCUAUUGGAGUAGAAAUGUGGCGAGCGUGGUCCCCAUGCCCCAGUGGGACGGGGAGGCGGCCACGUUGUGCGCGCACGACGCCGGCCUGCGCGCGCUCGCGACACACGCACACGCACGCGCAGGUUCGUGUAUUAGCGGUGAAGUGACGCCCGUGUCGGCCGCCUCAGACCUGGAAUUCAACAGCAACGAGGCGACCGCCGGAUCCGGCACCGACCACGACCUGCUGAGCGCAGAAGGUGAAGAUGAUGAAGAUACUUUAUCAGUAGACGCGUGCUCGUCACCUAUGAGAAUUAUUAAAAACGAUUUGACAUCACUAUCUCAGUCUCCAGACAAUCUUGUUAAGAUGGACGAUUGUGAGGCGUCGACGAGCAAAGCCUCGGAUAUAUACGGACUUAGUUUUCAACAAACUAAAGAAAACUUGUACAAAGAUAUGCCUUCGAGCAGUAAAAACUAUAACAACGAAUACGAUGUUAAGAAUAAAUGUUUUAAAACGGAUAGUUCACAGCAAUGGAGCAAUUUGGACUCGUUGAACUUGCAGAAUAAAGAUAAUAAUAAGUCUAAAGCGAAAAUAAACGAUAUAUUGAAUAACGGAAGUAGAAGAUAUAGUGAUAGCAGUGCUCAGAGAAGUAACGUCAGCUCGCAGGUGACGGGCGGCAGCAGGUUUAAGACAACUUUAGUGGACGAGGAAGAAUUUCGCGCCAGCACGUCAGACAGUAAGUCGACUGACACAACGGAGCAGGCUGACACGCUCGCCGCGCCUCUAGUGACCAAAGCGAAAAACAUUAGUGUCAAACCUGGCUUCAGCAUCACUGACACCUAACCUUAAAACAAUUGCCCGAUAUUUGUCAACUUUUCGAAAUUCAACCAAUAAAAUCUAAUUGGACAUACGU